GACGCUGCGCCGAUCCGCCUGUCGACCUUGUGCUCCAACCUUCCCUCACUUGUGAACAAGCCCCCGAGAUACUUCAACUCUUCCACCUGGGGCAAGACCUUGCUCUCACCCUUUUUUGAUUGAGAACAGUAGCCUCAGAUUUGGAGCUGCAGAGUUUCAUCCCAGAACCUUCACACUCAGUUGUAACCCACCCCAGUAAAUGCUGAAGGUCACAGCCUGAUAGGGCCAUCAGGACUACAUCGUCUGUGAAUAGCACAGAUGAGAUUCUUGAGUCUGACCGGCAUCCUCCCUCUCCAUCUAAUCCAACUCAUCACCAGGUGGUGAUCAGUUGACAGCUCAGCCCCUCUCUUCACCCGCAUGCCCAGAACAUGCGGACACGGGUCUGAUAAUACGACUACAGAGUCGAUCACAGACUUGUGGCUUAGGGUGACAUGGUGAAAGGUGCACUUGUGGACAUCCUUACGUUCGAACAUGGUGUCUGUUAUGGACAAACUGUGGUUCGCACAUAAGUCCAAUCACAUUACACCACAUGGGUUCAGAUCAGGGAGGCUGUUCCUCCUAGUCACGCCCCUCCAGGUCCCACUGUCAUUUCCCGCAUGGUUGUUGAACUCUCCCAGUAGAACUACGGAGUCACCAGCAGGGGUGCUCUCCAGCACCCUUCUGAUGCUGUUUGGCGCAUUCGCACAAAUGACAGUCAGGACCCUUUCCCCAACCUGAAGGCGUAGGGAAGUGACCCUUUCGUUCACAGGGGCUGACUCCAACACAGAGGCACCGAGCCUGGGGGGCUAAUAAUAAGCCCACACCAGCUCCCCGCCUCUCCCCUGCGGCACCUCCGGAGUUGAACAAGGUCCAGCCCCUCUCGAGUUAGGGUCGAGGUGAGUCCGGCCAAGAACUAGCUUUGUCCUUUGAAGGCCACGUCGCCCAGGCGUCCGCCCACGACCGCCACCCAAUAUGCACUGGACGGGACCCUUAUGCUUGUCCCCGCAUGUGCUGUGUCUACGGGAGGAGAUCCCGUUCGGCUCCUUGUGGCAACAACAUAGUUCCUAGGAACACUCGUGCACUCAAACUCCUCUACCACAAUAAGCUUCUAAGAUGUGCCCUGGAAAGCAGCGAGGACAAGUUAGAACAAUGCGUGGAGCACAUCAUGAAGGAGAAGAAGGUCAAAGUGCAGAGUAAUCCCCUGUUCAAGGAGAGUCUGCACACCUCUCUGCUGCAGAUAACAGGAUACAAACGCCUGUAUGCGUCCGUGGAAGACACCAGGAAGGAAGUGUUCAGCUCGAACAACCAAGAGCACGAGGCCAUGCUGCUCAAGCUUUGGGAGCUACUCAUGCCGAGCGUCAAGCUGGAGUCCAGAGUAACCAAGCAGUGGGGAGACAUAGGCUUCCAAGGGGAUGACCCCAAGACCGACUUCAGAGGAAUGGGCAUGCUGGGCCUCAUUAACCUCCUUUUCUUCAGUCAAAACUACACAGACGCAGCACGGAUGGUGUUGUCUCACGCUAACCAUCCUAAACUGGGGUACUCAUAUGCCAUCGUUGGCAUCAACCUGACGGAGAUGGCCUACAGCCUCCUGAAGAGCGGCGCUCUCAAAGCUCAUUUCUACAACACAGUGCCGGGCACGCCUCAGCUACGACAUUUUCUUCAAUUUUACUGCUACCUGGCGUUUGAGUUUGACAAAUUCUGGAUCGCAGAGGAACCCGAAAGCAUCAUGCUGUUCAAUCAGUACAGAGAAAAAUUCCAUGACAUGGUGCAGACCCAGCUAAAGGACCCUGAUGUGUCUCUCACGCUCUAAUCCAGCUAACAACUAACGCUUAACACCGGGAAGGAAGCACAAACCUCGGGGAAAAAACCCUGUAUUCCAAGUCGAUGUAGACGUGGCGGUGAGUGGUUUGUGACAAUUUGAGCUCUUUUAAUGAGCCAGCAGCCGCAUUGCUAUGUGGGUCCAAAGACUCUUAGAAAAAUGUUAAAUCAUGUUAACACUUUAAGUUCAGCUCAGGAUUUUGAUAUUUAUGUCCUUAAUAAUGUGACAAAUGCUUGUUUUGUUUAACGCGUCCACUCUAAUGUACUGACUUAAACAAUUAAACACACACACACACACACACACUGACGUUUGCUGUGAACAUGUAGAAUAAGCACACUUGCACGUGUGAAACAGGUUAAAUAUAUACAUUGAUAUAUUUAGGAUGCAUAUAAACAUGUAGUACAUUACACCAUAGGGCACCAUGAGUACUUCAGCUGCUUUAAGAGUGAACUUUGGGCAGUUUGUCUUGUUAAAGUGCAGUUUUCCAGGUGGGCUUCUUUACACUUAACAUUAGGCACACCUGCACAAUUGAACAUUAGUCAGUAAAAAAAAAAAACAACCUUGUUUAUGCAUAUGCUAAAUACAGCCACAAUAAUGACCAUGUUAAAUUCAUGUCAGUCAAAAGCUAUUACAGUCACACAGUGCUGUGGGAUGGCCUCAUACUGUAUGUAUUUAAGAGGACUUAAUAGCUAAAAUAGCAAAAAAAAAUGGCUCCUCCGCCCCUGCAGGUGUACCUAAUAUAGCGCUCAGUGCGUUCCCUCCACCAUUAGGCUCAGUUAGCAGCCUCAAACCUCUUCUUGGUGACCAUCAUGCCUCGCUUUAUUUGCUCAAAGGAGACGAACAUCACGAUGUUCCACGAGCCCAGCCUCAGGAAGGAUGGCACAAAGCUAAACAAUAAAAUAAAAAGUUAUGUGAUUGGUGAAAGUUCACACAAAAAAACAUGACAAGAGUGAGCGCUCACCCCUUGUAGAAAGCUGUGGGCCCCUCUUUGGUCAACAUGGUCCAGGCGCAGUUGACAGCGCUCCUGUACUGACCCGGCGGCGAGUUCAUGUACCUGGUCUUCACCACGUCCACCGGGGAGGCGAUCACCGUGGUAACAAAGCCGGCUCCGAAGGCGGACACGAAGUGACACGGAAGAUUGUCUGCGCAAAUUGUCAUAUCAGCACUUUGUAUGGACGAUUGUGUUAUCAGCUGGAGGGACAGUGGGUGUGUGGGCCCUCAGCCAAUCAGCAAUCAGUAUAUAUGUGUGCGUGUGCGCUCACCUGACAUGAGCUUGUGUCGCAGGAUGGCCUCUUUGAUGAGGUCAUAGGUCACCAGCUCUGUGCAGUUGACCAGUGCGUUCCUCGUGAUGUUGGGCAGCGUUCCUGCACAAGACAUUUAACAUUUUUAUUUUUUUGUUACAAAAUAUUAAAUAUAACAAUAAGACUGGUAUUGUAAUAUAUUUCAAAUGCUUUUGCGUCACAUGUGUGCAAUUAUGUUAUUAUUAUUAUUAUUAACUCAUAAAUGUAUUCAUUAGAAUUUUAAUGUUUUAAAUUUGGAUUAACUAUUAUAUUAUUGUACCAUUAUUACACAUACAAUACUAACUGUAAUUGAAUAAUAGUAUAGUAAUAAUAUUUUCUUUUCAAGGAUUAACGUGAUUUCAGGGAUGCACACAUUAUGUAGUAAUAUAAAUUAAUUAUUAAAAUACUAUUCAUAUCACAAAUAGUAUUUUUUUAAUUUACUCUUUAAAUAAAGUGAAUUCUAUUCAUUCAUUAUAAUUAUACAAUAUAAAUACAUAUAAUUAUAUUAAUAUGCAGUUAUGUAGCACAAUAAUACAAAUAUAAUAGUGAGGGUUCUGGACUGGACGACAAAAGUUACUUAUUAUUUUUUAUAUUAUCCAAUCGGGCAAUUAUUAAUUAAGUCAUGACAAUUAUUAUUAGGACUGAUUAUAUUAAUUUAUUUUUAAAUGAAUUAGAUGGAGGAGGACCGCUAUAUAUUCCUUUUAACAGAAUGGUGUUGACACCAUCAUCGCAUCUCUUCUAACGUGAAGAAGUAACAUUGUGCAUGAGCAGUAAAUACAUUUAUUAAAUACUACAUGUAUUGUGCUUUCCGUGUAUUCUCCAUGUUUCACAGUAAUUCAGUUUUAUUAUGAAACAUGGAGAAUGCACUCACGGAAAGCACAAUAUGUAUUAUUUUAAAAAGUUGGAAAAGGAAGAACCUUUCCAGAGUCCGCGCAGGCCCUCGUUGUGGAAGAUGUGUUUGUAGGCCUGCAUGGUGCCGCUGUAGCGCCGAGCCACGCCGUCCAGGUUCAUCUGAGCUUGGAACCUCACCUUCACCACGUCUGUGGGCUGAGCGAACGACACUGCCAUGGCGCCCGUCGUGCAGCCGGCCAGGAUACGCACCAACACUCCUGGAUCUGCGCAAACAUGUCGCGUCAUUUUUGCGGUUUUUAUACCAGUCAGGGAUUUUGACACAAGGCGGAAGCAGGCAAUCAUUGGAGAGAAAUGUCAUUCUAUAUAACAAGAUCAUUUUUUAGCUUUAUAAUGGCAUGGAGUGCAUGACCACACGGUCAAUUAUUAACAAGAUGUUGCACAACUUGGGCAUCUCUGUGUGGAGUUUGCAUGUUCUCCCCGAGCGUGUGUGGGUUUUCUCCAGGUACUCCGCUUUCCUCCCACAUUCCAAAAACAUGCAUGUUAGGUUAAUUGGAGACUCUAAAUUGUCCAUAGGUAUGAAUGUGAGUGUGAAUGGUUGUUUGUCUAUAUGUGCCCUGCCAUUGGCUGGCGACCAGUCCAGGGUGUACCCCGCCCGUCGCCUGCAGCCAGCUGGGAUAGGCUCCAGCAUACCCCCCCGACCCUAAUGAGGAGAAGCGGCAUAGAAAAUGGAUGGAUGGAUGGAUGUUGCACAACACAGCAGCAACAGAACCAAUGUUGUAAUAGCGGUAAAGCGCAAACUGCUCAGUCAGCAUGAAUAGCGGUGAUGAGUCCAUUGUAAACAACUGUGUGAACAACAUUUUAAAGCUCAUGCAGAGGUAGAUAAAUAAUUUUAAAAGUUUAUUUUGUAAAAGUUAAAAAAAAAAUUUUUUUAACUUAAUACAAAUUGAAGAAAAAAAAAGGUUAAAAAUACACAUUUUUAAAAAAAUUAAUACAAUUGCAUACUUACUGUGGGCUCCUCCGGUGUAGAAGUCCUUGACGUUGUCGUAGAGGCCGAUCCGAACGGAUGCGAAGCACACUUGCCUCUGCAGACCCGCCACCAGGCCGUUGUACAGCGACCUGGGCCCCUCGGUGCGGAUCAUGGUGCUGAUGGUGCCAAACACGCCUCUGUAGCGGAUGUUCUUGGCUGCCUCCACUGCCUUCUCGCCUUGAAUCUGAACUCAAGAGCAGCAUCUUUUAGGACCAAAACGGCAGUGGAGAAAAACACGCACGCUUACCUGCAGUCUGACUUUGGCCGUGUCCAGCGGGAACGUGACGAUGUCGGCAAUGCAAGCCGCCGCUCCAGCGCUCGCCAUCUUCACACCCAAAGGAGGUGGGACGUCUGAGGGUUUGAGACCCACCAUCUUCUCCUAAAUCUGAACGGCAAAUCACUAAAAUGAGGCAGGAAGCAACGUUAAGAUCAGGGGUGUCCAAACUUUUUCCACUGAGGGCCACAUACUGAAAAGCCAAAGGAGGCAGAGGCCAUUUUGAUAUUUUAACUUUUAAUCCCUACAUUAAACGAUUUUGCUCAUUUUUCCAUGUUUGCUUUUUUCUUUUUCUUUUUUAAUUUACAUAUAUUUCAACUUUCUUGGAAAUGUUUUUUUCUCAUAACAUGAUGACUAUUUCCAUAUUUUUGACAUUCUUUGUAUAACGUUUUCCCAAAAUUGCUACUUUAUUCUUUAGUUGAGUUGUAAAAAAAAAAAAAAAAUCUUUAUUUCAACUUUAUGCUUCUAAAGGUAUUUUAUUCCUCAAAAUAAUUGAUUCUUGUAUUUUGUUAUAAGAUUACAACUUUUUCUCCUUAUGGCUUUAUUUCCAGAAUAUUUUGACUUUAUUCACAAAAUGUAGCUUUUUUCAAACCAAAUUUUACAAAAAUUGCAACUUUAUUCCGUUUUGUUUCUCAUAAUACUCCUGACUUUUUUUUUCUUUAAUAUUUGCAAACUUCUAAAAUGAGUUUUCUCCCCUCAGUAUAGUAGAAUUUAUUCUCGUAAAUGUAUGACUUUUUGUCUCAAGAUUACAAUUUUUUUCAUUUAUGACUUUAUCAAAAAUAUUUUUUCUAACCUAUUCUAUUAGUUUUCUAACCUAAUUUUC